CACGGACGACGCGCACGGCGCACGUUAACAGACGUCGCUCUCAGGAAGAGCGCUAGUCGUACGAGCGGAGCGAACGAGGCUGCUCCGUUUCAUUGAUCUUUUCUCCCGCGGAGUUGGUCUCAUCGCGAACCGUCUCACUUCGCGACAGGGACGAUAUUCUCGCGAAAAGAGGAUACAUCAUCUCAUACAUCAUCUCAAACGACGACGACGACGACGACGAUGACAAUAAAAUCCGCGCGGACGCGAUCGUUCCAUCGAUGAACCCACGUUACUCCCAAUUGUAAUUUCUCGCGGAGGGAGAGAAGAUCUCGGAGCGCUCGCUGCUGAAUUGUAAUUGCUAGUAGCCUGACGACGAUCGCAAAGGACCACCUAUCUAUACCGCGGAGUCGCGUCGGUGGUCUCCUCUCGACAUUCGUCAAGCGAAAUCGAUAAACGGGGACGUCGCGAAAGAGAAAGAGAGAGAGAGAGGGAGAGAGAGAGAAAGAGGGACGGGCGCUUACGCGCGCACGUUACGAUUCGUGAAAGGUACGAAACGAGGCCUCGCGACAGAAAGAGAAAGAUAAUUGCGAGAGUGUGACACAGCGAGCUUGGCGGAUUCGAGGCGGUGUAAAAAUUCGCACGACGUUUCUCUUCACACGUCGAGGAAAGCGACAACGCGCGUCGGCCCCACGACGCUAAUUCGUUGAUUCGCGCGUUUGUAUCUUCCUGUCAAAAAUUGCGACGGGGAGUCCCGCGGAUUUCGUCCUUCGUCUCGGACGACGCGCGACGUCUCAAUGAAAUGUCGCGGUCGCACGACGUAUCAUAGUAACCUUGAGACGACACUGUCAAGGUAACUAGCUUCCGCGAGAACCUAGCUUCACGAUCGUCCUCAUCCUCGUAUCAAUUCGUCGUUGAAUACCGAAACGGCGCGAUUAUCCGCGAAAUGAAGAGGAACUCGAGCGUACCCCGAUCGAUAGGCGCACGGCCUUCGCCGGACUGACUUCCUCGCGCACGCAACGCGAGCGAGCAUCGUUCGCCAUCGGGGAACACGUGCAUCGACGACGACGACGUUGGCGGGUUGGAUCGGUCAGUCGAUCGUCGCCAGGCAACCGGGGAGAAGGUCGAAGCAUGUGAUUACCACGGUGGUUUCAUCGAUCACACGCCGAUCACCUUGAGGGAGAGGGAUGUUGCGACCGUUCGACGGCAGGAUCACUUAACGACGGCCGAACGUCGAUGGCCGACGCGACGACGGGGUUGCCAGACAAUGAACGAUAAGGGUGGCGUAUAAAGACAGGUGGAUAUCGCUAAUCGCGCAGGAAAGUAUACGCGCUCUGCUGCCGUGGGAACAGCAAGCGUGAGGAACAGGUAGGAAGCCGUGGCACACAGGUGGCGGUGGCAAGGACGGAUAGCGAGGAGGGAAAGAGAGAGAGAGAGAGACAGCCCAUGAAAGAGAGGAGAGAAGAAUAAUCGUACUAUAUUGUCCUGGAGAGGAAGGGCUGAGCCCCUGUAAGGACUGUAAAAAAAAGUAUAUCGUAAAGCAAGAAAGAGAGAAAGAGACUAACAUGUCAGUGUAGCAAAUGAUACGGAAAGAGAGAGAAAAGGAAAGAGAAAGAAGGAGACGAAUUUAAAAGGAGAAAAAAGAACGGACACGCACGAAACCGCGAAUAAUGAAAGAACACGGAAGCAAACAUCCGGCGGAACCGGCGACGAAGACGCUCAAGUCGUUACUGAAGAAACCGGGCCAGACGAAAGCCAAAUCGCAGAAGCAUCGAGUGGUGAUCAACGAGAAGCUGAAUGAGUUCUUCGCGGCGGAUUACAUCAUAUUAAUCAAGGAGGAGUGUUGCGCCGAUUACGAGGAGGACUGCGACUGUUGCUACCAGGAGCACGAGUUCAUGCGGCUGGGCAAUUGCAAGGAAUGCCGGGCGGAAUUGAACCUGCACUUCGGCCUCGGCAAUGGCAGAUACGGCGAGAUGGCGAGAGGGGUAGAUCAGACGUUGUGCGAGAACGCCGCGCGUGGAGGAUCCCGCGGAAAGAAUCAGCAAGGUCGCGAGGACUCGCAGGAGGACGAGGACGAGGAGGAUGAGGAAGCGGAUGACGGCGAGGAGGAAGAGGACGAUGAAGAGGAGCGAGAGGACGAGGAAGAGGACGAGGUCGAGAAUGUCGAUGGGAAGACGGAGAGGAUGACAACGACGUCGACGGCGACGACCUCGGUGGAAGGGAAGAACGCGAGCGAACGAAAAAAUGCGGACGCGGAGGACGGGACGAAGGGACGCCGAUCGAAGGAGACCGUGGAUUCUCAGGAGGAGAACGGAACCGUAGUUCCGCCACCACCGCCGCCCCCGCGGCACGAGCAACAGGAAACGUUAAGCCCACCAGAGGGUUACAAGGACGUGUGCUCCAACAGCGAGAUCGCGAACGAGACGGAGCAGCAUGGCCGUACGUGCACGGAGUGCAAUUAUUAUCAGCAACAAGCUACGGAGUGCGAAUCGCAAACGAAAGAUCAUGGGAAUAAACCAGAUACACAGGAUAACAAAGAUAUGGUGCAUGACGAUUGUCAAGGAAAUUUACAAGAAAGAUUGGAUAAACAGCAUCGGACAUCUCUUCCUGAUUUGCAUCAUCGUUAUCUCGUGGAAACAAUAACGAUGACAACUGUUACGGAGCGGCGUAUCGUGCGGGAAAUUAGUGAGGAGGAGCGAAAGGAUUGCUAUGGAAGAUCCGACACGGAUAAGGAAAAGAACGACGUCCCGAAGGAUAACGGUUUUAAUCCGGCGCUUUGUCCUGGAACGGGCGUUCACGAGAAUGCGGAGCAGUUGAUCGCGCCGCGGUGUAAUGACUCGGAUGUCACAGAGAAUCGUGAAAUCGAACACGCGAACGCUAAAAAUCCUACGGGUAACGACAAAAGGGAGGCGAUAGUAGAAGCGGAACGCAUCAACGAUCAAACGACGAUGGCGGUGGGCGAGCAGUCACGUGAGCCAGACGCGAAAGAGUUGUCCCUCGUGUUCAAGUUGGGUAACGUGUCCCUUGCCAGCAACAGUCUGAAGCCGAAUUCCGCGGUGAGACAACUUUUUCCUAACCCAAAGUUCAUCUCACCACCGCCGGCGCUUGCCAACAAAGCGACUUGCCCGGAACAUUCUCAGGACGCGGAGGCGCAGAAGUUUCUGAUCACCGCCGAAAGUCUACGGUUAUUCGAUGCAGUGAAGUCGCCAGUUCCCAGCGACUCGUACGAGUCGCCGGAAUGCGAAUCCAACUCGAUCAAGAGAUCCAUCGAGCGGAACACGCUACGUCGAAGUCUGAUUGGCAAGUACAACACGAUAUCACGCAAGAAGAAUCUACGACCCAAGAAUUUGUCGUUGGAGGAACGAAUCAGGCAGCUCACGUGCGUCGAUCAGGACGAUGAAAACGUGACGGAUACCACGGACAGCUCCGAUAAUACCAACUCAGGUGCGGGCGAUCCCAAGUACCAGGGCGGAGAUCUUUCGAUACGGACAUCACCGUUGGGCGAGGAACGGCCUAUGUGCGAAUCGCUGCCGGCGAGCGUGGCCUCGACGGAAACCACUGCCACUUUAACAAUGGUGCCGACAAGAUCGAGCUCCUUGACGACGAUGACGACAACGACAGCAAUGACGACGACUGCGGUGAACACGAUAACAUCUGUGAACACUCACGGACACAAUUCGAUGCUCGAGAUGCCGAUGCUAGUGACGGACAACCCGCCGAAUCCUCAAUCGUCCACUUAUCGGAAGAUCACGGAUCUGUUUGCGCACAAGAAGAAUAUCCAACCGAAUUUACCCGAUCUCGGGAUCGGCGGCAGAAGUCUCCUCGCCAAGGAAUGUCAGUCCAAGAAUCCGUUGACGAAGAUGAACUCGGAGGUGCGAAAACAGUUGUUGGCAAGUCUGGCGCCGCUUUCUUGCGUCGCCGUCAACAAUUCCGAUAAUCAGGAUGAUUAUUAUAGAAACGAAUCCAGAAUACUGGCAAAUCGCGAGUCGAUCAACUAUAACUCGGACUCGUAUAGCUUAGAAGACAUAGAGGCGGUUUUGAACGGCGAGGACAGAAAGUACGCCGGUCAACCAGAUGUGACGAGGUGCACCCCGAUAGGAAGCAGACCCGAUAUUGGUGACAACGCCACCGACGAGUUGCUCGCGUUUGUUGAACAAGACAAGUCGAGGAUGGAACGUAUAAAACGCCGCUAUAACGAGACGGAAGACCGUUAUGCGUUCAUUAACGGCUAUCAUUCCGAGGACAAAGCCGUGAAUACGUCAUCCAACGAAAAUUAUGAUGCCAAGAGCGUCAAGAACCAUGACGCUCAAGUGGACAACGAGCAAGAGGACGACGAUGACGAUGAACUCAACGAUUAUGGUUUUAAUCGACGACCAUCGGUGACGGGCAUCAAACAGCAGUAUGAUACUACCAACGACAUUGCUCAUCGGCCGCGAUCUUGCGUUGGUGCCACUAACUUUAGUGACACGAGACCCACUUCAACGUAUUUGCCGAUGUAUUGCGACGUGAAUGGCGACAAGAUUGACACCAAAUCGCUGUUGGCCGCCGAUGGAGAUGAAACGAUUCCCAUGUCCGCUGACACGUACACCACGAUGGGAAGCUUCGAGCGAGACACGAACACGAUCAAUCGUAUAAACACGAUGCAGAGACAGAUCGAUGACAUAUAUCAGACUAUCGCCGAGAGCACGGCGGUCACGGCCAACAUUCAGGGGGUCUCCGAGCAUGCGACCUAUCUGGAGAACGCAGUACCACGACAAUUCGUCAUCAGAACGCCGUCCGGUGACGGUACCGCGCAUCUGUACGGUGAGCACAGGAAUGGUCAUCAUUACUUCCAGGAGCGGCAGCAGCUCUCCAACACCCGCAUGUUGCGUAUCGCAGGAGGCGGUGACGAUGUCGCGGGCACGAUAUACACCAACACUCUAUCAAAGAUGCAACGUCGUAACCCUCCAGUAACGAUCGCAAACUAUCAUUGCAAUGUACUGCCCGGCGGUACCGUGCCCAACACCACCAAGUGUUAUCGCACCAUGUACUUCGUACCGUACAACGGCAUGUCGGACCCCACGUAUCAGAAUCUACAGCGUAUCCUACCGCCGCAUUCCUCGCCAAAUUAUGCCAGCCACAUCGAACGGUACCCAUAUCCCCGUCUGAAUAAGACGAGUCCGCAACAACAAGCGUUGUAUUACAACGCAAAUCGUUCCGCCACGUCGCAUUCCAAUUUGAAUACAUCACCGCCUGUACCACCCCCUCCUCCGCUACCACCGCCACUUGCAUCCGUCUCGAGUCCCAACUCUCUGCAGGGCGGCCAACAAGCUUUGCACCUACAUAUUCACCCACAUCAGACCGAGGAAGCCUUUCGAUCGCCCAACAUGGCGUUCUCCCCCGUGCCGCAUUCGGCGGUGCAUCAUCCAAUGCAGUUUCAUCAUCAUCAGCAUCAACAUCAGCAUCACCAUGGUGAAAUGGCGUCGUAUCGGGUAAUGACGCAACAGUCAUCACCUUCGUAUACGGUAAUCGCCCCCUCGAGAUGCAUGCCAGCGAGUAAUCAGGAUGGCUAUCCAUUAUAUCCGGCGCAUCUGGCACGCGGUAACGUUGUCGCCGGCGUUGCUGCGGAUGUACAAACGCAGACGAUCACCGUCACAGCCGCAUCAUCGUUCUCGUCUUCCUCGUCCUCUUCGUCCUCGUCGUCGUCCUCCUCCUCGUCCUCAUCGUCAUCCUCGGCGUCCGCAUUAUCGUCGUCUUCAUCUACCGCCUCGGCCACCCUCGCUUCUCUCAAGUGCACCGGGAUCCCUAACAAGAGCUGCGAACCGUCGAUCCUGGGAACGUCUUACAACGGCACGCAACCAGCUACGGGCAAUAUCACUCCGCUCAUGUGUUCGACGUCGACGACGACAACGGUCGUAUCCUCGAUGACGCCGAUGCAACUGUCACGGGCUGUCAACACAUGUGCGGUGACAGAACGCGGGGUUCCCGAGGGCGCCGCCAGCUUGUCCACCCGGGAUUUUCAACCAUCGUCCAGCUCGGCAAAUCCGACAUCGCACGUUCUGCUGAUGUCCAAUUCUUACGUCGAUCCCAAUUCGGGUCUUAUGUCUACUCCCAACAGUAAUACGAACACAGUGUACUAUGCCAUGAACGUCUGAAGGCAACCGACGAUGGAACUACUAGAAAUUGUAAAUAUGCGUCCGAUGAAGGACACUUGAAGAACUUCGUGGAGAUUUAGAGCGUCGUCGCAAUAUGCGUCGUCUGAGAAAUAUUAUACAUGAAUCUUUUGAAAAUCAAACUGAUCAACUUUAUUUUUUAUAAAUUUCUUAAUUUUAGUACUGAAGCAUGAAUGUGCUAGAGUUAAAAUUCUGGUAUUAAAAUUAAGGAAUGUACAAAAAAAAGGUAGAAUUGAUCAGUCUUUUCUUUUGAGAGGCUCGUAUCGCAUUGCUACGUCUCGAGUGAUUUUGACGAGUGGCUUAUAUGUAACAGAGAUACGCGAUAAUCUAGAGAGAGAGAGAGAGAGACAGACUCGUUUUUCCCACCUCCUUCUGCAAUCGGUUGCACGCGUUGUAGCGGAAGUUACUCAUCUUGACGGCAACGUUCAUCAAGGGUAAAAUUUUUUUUCUUACUUUUUUUCGAUUUGAUAUUUCUAUUUUUAUAUUUCUCGUUUUCUUUAUUUUUUCUCCUUCUAUUUUAUCUUUUAUCCACUUUUAACUUUUAUCCUUUGCAUUUUUUUUCACGAUUAAAAACUACGCGAAAAAAGAGCUUCAUUUAGAGAGCCUAAUUUCCUUUUAUGAAGUACAAGAAUUAUAUUUUCUUAAAGAGGUGCAACUGUGUGUGUGAGAUAAGACUUAUGUAGGAUCUGCGUAGGAUUAUUAGAAUGAACACUGAAUGAAAUCAUAAACGCUCUUUAGGCACGAAAAUAUAUUCGUUGCAAACUUUUCACUAAUAUAUAU